AUGUCGACUCCCGCCCCGAAACUUCAAGUAGUGGUCAACAAGCCCACGCCAUACACCUUCGACCUCGGUCUUCUGCUCGCCUCAGAUCCCAACCCAGUCCUCUUAACGACAUCCGAGAAGCUCGAGGAGGAUCUCGCGGCCACAGCAAGAGAUGGUGCACAAGCGCUACUGAACCAGUUGCUAAGCACAUGUCCAAUUGCCAGCACACCGAACGGAGUUCUACUAUCAUUACCAGAGAUCGAAACGAGACUGCCCCGAGAGAAGCCCCUCCCACCACCCAAAGAGCAAACCACCUGGGAGAAAUUCGCCCUCAAGAAAGGCAUCAAGUCCAAGACCGCCGAGCAGCGCAAGAAAAUGGUGUACGACGAAGCAACCGGGGAGUGGGUUCCCAAAUGGGGCUACAAGGGUGCGAAUAAGGCGGGCGAGAACGACUGGAUUGUGGAGGUGGAUGAGAAGAAGGAGAGGGAGAGGAAGGAGGGGACGGAGAGGCAGGGAGAUGGCAGGAGGGCGAGAGUCGAGAGGGUCAAGCGCGGGGAGAGGCUGCAGAGGAAGAAUGAGAGGAAGGAGAGGAUUAAGGGCCCGAAGUAA